CACACAUAUAUUUACACCAGAGAAUGGGUGAUUGGCCCAAACUCAGUUGCUUGUGAUCGAGGUGCCCAGCUCUCAUGGUGCCCAGACACACAGCAAACAUCAACACCUCUGCAUCGGAAGCAAUUUCCCACCAAUUCCUGUUGCUCAGCGUUUGAAACCUCUACCCACGGUCUUCCAGAAGCUUCACUCCCUUCUUCAUGCCCCAAACUCAUAAGAACCACCUACAAACCAACUGUAUUCUGUAAAGCCUCGACAGUGGACUAAUAGUGUAGAGACUGAGGGGAUUAUUUGCAGUGGAAAGAGUUCUCUUGGAUUGCAAGGGUGGGAUAACUUCACACAGCGUUGGAUUUACCGCAAUAAAUUAGUUUAUUUGUGAUUUGAUUGAUGAAGUGGAGGAAAGACACAGGAGCUGUGCUGUACAUCGGGCUGUAGGUCACGUCGGUCGCGCGGGAUGGGUGUGUCGAUGAGCGUCACGGAAGCCCCGGUGGCAGUGGGAAAUGAAUAAAUCCCAGCCCGCGGUCAUAAUGGGCAAGAGUUUAACUGGAAUUCAUGCGUGGUCCUCCGGCUUCAAGAGUUCAUAUACUCCGGACGAUACCGAAGUUGAUUGUAGUCCAUGUGAAAGCAGGGGUUGAGGAGUUUGGUGUUUGUAAAGGUGCAGUGAUUCUCUGGAGUACUGGAUCUGCAGUGUUUCUUCAUAGGUGUUCAUAUCCAAGCAAAGGACCUCAAGGAAGACCAAGAGAAUGUUCGAUAUAUUAUUUGUGAUGAUAUUUGGAUUGUCAGGGCGUGUUCUGACAAAAGAUACAGACACAAAAGGGAGGUUCAAUUCUCCAGUGUUGGAUGUUACUGAAAAGCAGCUUAUUAUAGAGAGAAAUCAGACACUUCAGCUAAACUGCAGGGGUCGGUGGGAGCUCCAAUGGGUUUUGCCAUCAGGCGUCCCGAAAGUCUACCACGGCACCCAGAUAGAAAAGACUGUAUGCGGGAAGAAAAAUAACCAGUACUGCAGCCGCCUGACGCUCAGUCCUGCUUUAGCUCAACACACUGGCUCUUACCGCUGCAGGUACCGCCAAAAGCAGCACAAACAGGCCUCUGUGUACGUCUACAUCAGAGAUAGCCAGCAGCCGUUUGUAAAGAUGCACUCGGAGAUCCCAGAUGUGGUGUACAUGAAGGAGGGAGAGCCGUUGGUGUUCCCCUGCAGAGUCACAAACCCGGAUGCCAAAGUCUUGUUGGUCAAGGAGAGUGUCUCAGCUUUUAAUAUCCACCGGUUAGCUCCUGAUCAUAGAAACAUCAUCUGGAACAGCAGGCAAGGUUUCACUAUCCGUACUCCCACAUUCUUCUACAUCGGGCUAUUUUCCUGUGAGACUGUCGUCAAUGGAGUCAAAUAUAGCAACAAGUUCUUGACUCACAGACCAGUGAAUGAGAUUCUGGAUGUGUAUUUGAACAGCACGGGUUUGGUCCACACAUUACAGGGCCAGAUGUUAGCACUGAACUGCACCGUUACAGCUGCAUGGAACACCAGGGUUUCCAUCAGCUGGACGUACCCACAAAAGGCUAAUGGAUCUGCCAAUAUCAUCAGACGCAUAUCAAGGAGCCAAACCAACAUGCUCUUCUACAGUCUUCUCACCAUCCCUAGACUGAGCAAAGCAGACAGAGGACUUUACAAAUGCCAUGUAACAAGUGGUCCAUCUAAGCGAGAAACAAAUACCACAGUUAUUGUCUAUGACCAGCCGUUCAUUCGACUCAAGCACAGAGAUGGCCCUGUGGUUCAGGCUUCUGCAGGACAGAAAUCUUUCCGUCUUACUCCAAAACUGAGGGCUUUCCCUGCACCUGAAGUCAUCUGGUUGAAGGAUGGGAUGAUCGCCGCCGAGCGGUGCUCCCGGUACCAUGUAGAUGGGUUUUCUCUGGUCAUUCGGGAUGUUGCAGAAGAAGAUGCUGGAAUCUACACCAUCCUUACUGGCAUCCAGCAGUAUGGACUUUAUCAGAACCUCACACUCACGUUGGUGGUAAAUGUGAAGCCACAGAUUGGAGAAAAGACAGUUUCCUCUCAGCAAGCCGGGACUGUCCAGCGAGGCAGCAGACAAGCCCUUCACUGCACCUCUCACGGUGUCCCACCACCUCAAAUACAAUGGCUCUGGCAUCCAUGUCCUCCGAAAGGCCUAUGCGAGAAGCCUCCUCCUUCGUCCUGGACUGCAGUCAGCGAGAAGACAGAAGUCACGUCCACCCACAAUCCCAUCCUGACCGUCAGCUACAGACAGGAAGUGUUAGAAGGGAAGAAUAAGACUGUAGGAGUUCUGACAGUUGGCGAAGCAUUGAUAUCUGGCAUCUAUCGCUGUGUUGCAUCAAACUUAAUGGGCAGAGAUGAACUAGACAUCAGUUUCUAUGUCACAGAUGUCAAAGGAGGCCUAAUCGUGUCUUUGGAGGAAGAGCCCAGAGAGGGAGGGGACCUCCAUCUGGUCUGUAUAGCCAAUAGGCACCUCUAUUCAGACCUGUCAUGGUAUAGAUUUACGAAUCAAUCCACCACAUCAGAGGGAGCUUCAGAUCUCCGCGGGGAGCUCAAAGAGGGGCAGUUCUCUCACACUCUGGAGCUUCUGCUGAAGAAUGUGACUGCACAGGAUUCGGGAACAUACCGCUGUUCAGCCACACACCUGCUUACAGGAGAACAUACCCACCUAGAUACAACCGUGGAGGUCACAGUUCUGCAGGCACCGGUGCUGCUGCGAAAUCUGAGUGAUCACAGUGUUAACGUAAGCAAAUCAGUCACUCUCCGCUGCCCCUCUCGGGGAAUUCCACACCCCCAGAUCACAUGGUAUAAGGACCAGAGAAAGCUGCAACAGGUGUCUGGUAUUAUGCUGUUCCCAGAGGAAGGGACUCUUCAUAUCGACCGAAUUACAGUUGAAGACCAGGGACUUUACACCUGUAAGGCCACCAAUGAGAGAGGGUCUGUGGAGAGCUCCGCCCACAUUUGGGUUCAAAGUUCAUCUGAAUCACUUUCCCUGGAGAUCCCGACUCUAGCAUGUACAUGCGUGGUGGCCACUCUCUUCUGGCUUCUUCUCACACUGCUGAUUCGCAAACUCAAACAGCCGAACUCCACUAAUGGCAAAGCAGAGUACCUGCCAAUCAUCCUGCAUCCGGGGGAUGAACAUCUGGUGGAGAACUGCGACAGAUUACAGUAUGAUCCCGCCCAAUGGGAGUUUCCACGUGACCGCCUUCAACUUGAAAAGCCCCUGGGGCGAGGGGCAUUUGGCCGAGUAAUGCAGGCCUCAGCUUUUGGCAUUUGCAGUUCAGCCAGCUGCACCACAGUGGCCGUCAAAAUGCUUAAAGAUGGCGCUACGCCCAGUGAACACAAGGCUCUGAUGACAGAACUGAAGAUCCUCAAUCAUAUUGGUCAUCACCUCAAUGUGGUCAAUCUUCUUGGUGCAUGUACCAAACCAGGAGGGCCUCUGAUGAUCAUAGUUGAAUACUGCAAGUUUGGCAACCUGUCUGCGUACCUUAAGAGCAAACGAGAAGUGUUCCUGUUGAACAGGGUGAGCAGAGAAGAGGAGGGAGGCAUGAAGGAGGGAUUUAAAGCACGAUUAACUAGUGUGUCCAGCAGCCAGAGCAAUGCCAGCUCAGGGUUUAGUGAGGAGAAAGGAGAAAUCUCAGAGGAGGACAGCGGUUCACUUCCUGAAUCCAACAGCCCUCUGCUGCUUGAAGACCUGAUCUCUUACAGCUUUCAGGUGGCCAGAGGAAUGGAGUUUCUCGCCUCUCGUAAGUGCAUCCAUCGUGACCUUGCUGCCAGAAACAUCCUGCUGUCCAACAACAACGUGGUGAAGAUCUGUGAUUUUGGCUUGGCCCGAGACGUAUACAAAGACCCAGACUAUGUGCGCAAGGGAGAUGCACGGUUACCACUGAAAUGGAUGGCACCUGAAUCGAUCUUCGACAAAGUCUUCACCGCUCAGAGUGACGUGUGGUCAUAUGGAGUUCUGCUCUGGGAGAUCUUCUCACUUGGAGCGUCUCCAUACCCAGGGCUGAACAUUGAUGAGGCGUUUUGUCACAGACUGAAGCAGGGGACUCGGAUGUGUCCUCCUGAGUACAGCACCCCGGAGAUUUACAGCAUUAUGAUGGCAUGCUGGGAAAAUAACCCUGAGGACAGACCUUCUUUCUCUGCUCUUGUGGAGAUACUGGGAGACCUCCUUCAGACCUGUGUCCAACAGGAUGGAAAGGAUUAUAUUCCACUGAAUGCUUUUAUUUCUGGAGAAGGAAAUACCGUCACGCCGCACAUCGUCCAGAAAGACAUAAGCCAGAAAUCACUGGGAACUUCAAGCUACAGCAGCUCUGGGAAAAUCAAAGCCAUCAGCACUUUUGAGGAUCUACACAAAGAAAUCCCUGAUGACAACCAGUCUGACAGUGGAAUGGUUCUCCCGUCUGAAGAGCUGAUUCGGGUGAAGUGGACGGACAGAUUUAAAACCCAAAACAUCACUAAGUUCUUCUCUAAAGGUGAAAACCAGCACAUGAAGCUGCCUUGUAUGAAUAGCGCCCCCUGUUGUCAUCAGAGGGAGGUUCCUCCGGUGUGUUCCUCAGAGAGGUGCUGCUCUCCCCCGCCAGACUAUGAAGCUGCUCUCCUCUACCCCUGUUUCUAACACUUGCGUCAGCCAAGCGACCUGUAAACACAAGUCAACAUCCGUUACCACCACCACAAAAACACUGCUUAUCUCAACUCUUUUGCUUUCAGUACCUUAUUAUGCAAUGUUUGUCCUGUUAAACCAGUGUUUCUGACUGAAUCUCUGCACAUUCCACCCUCUUUACCCAAGGAACUUCUGUGAUUUUCUUAAUCAAUCAUAAUUACUGAUUAAGGAUUUUAAAAAAGAACAAUUAGACAUUUUUUAGAGAUUACACUUAAAGCAAUUUUUAGCCAGUUAUAACAUUAAGAAAAAUAUGGACAUUUCUUUUUAAGGAGUUAAUUGGGAUUAAUCAGGCCUGGGAAUUUUCAUGUGUUUCUUGACUUUUGUCUGCAGCGUUACUAUCUUGUUGGCAACUAGCAUUUCAGCGCUUUUGUUUUUAAACUUAUCUCAUAUCUGUAUACCUUCUUUGAA